CCUUUUCCAAUUUUACGCUUUCUAGCGUGCGACGCAGCCACGACACGAGUGCAAGAGAGACGGCCGACGUCCUGCCGUUCGCGCCGCCGAAGGUUACCGAGUCAAGCAGACCGUAUAGUCAGUCAGUUGCCGAGCGCCGAGUGCAACGGUCGUAUUUUCACUCGCGCGCCUCUAUCUCGCAGUGGUCGCCUCUUGAUCGUACACGCACCCACGUACCGAGUUCGCCCCUUGGCUGCCGGCCGUGCCUUUCCGUUGACUUGCCCUCGUGCAGACUUGCAAAAUGUGCACGUACGAGCCGACGGUGAUGCUGCAGCCGCAGCUACAUCACCAUCUCAACAACUUUAGCAAUUUGAACAACUGUAGCAAUCUCAGUGACUUUAGCAAUUUGAGUGACUUUAGCAAUCUCAGUGACUAUAGCAAUCUGAACAACUUUAACAAUCUGAGCAAUCAUUACGCGGAGGUGUUGAGGUUCGAAAGGACCCUUGCUGCUGUGCAGAUAAAACGACAGAAGCGGCAUGAGCCCUACACCAAAAAUCGAAGACGGAAAGAGUGCCCGCUACCGGACACGCUGGACUUGAGUCCACCGGUGAAGCUAACUAUUCUGGAGUCCCACUACCAGCAGCCGCAGCCGCAGCAGCCAUUGCAGUAUCAGCAGAAUCUGAACAACAACAACAAGAAGACCAGCAGCCAGGCGAGCAGCAACAAUAACAAUACGAUAGGGCUGGGAGUCGGCGGGGGCAGCGGUGGCGGUGGUCCGCAGGAAGUCGUUAUGAAAGCCAAAAGCCGCGACGCGGCCAAGAAUCGCCGUGAAAAGGAGAACACCGAGUUCACCGAGCUCGCUAAAUUACUGCCCCUACCGACUGCCAUCACCUCCCAGCUCGACAAAGCCAGCAUCAUAAGGCUGACCACCAGCUACCUGAAGCUUCGCAAUUUGUUUCCCGACGGUCUCGGGGACGCAUGGGGCGCCACGCCGGCGAUAAAUCAUCCGCGAGAGUCGAUCAAGGAGCUCGGCUCCCAUCUGCUGCAAACCCUGGACGGUUUCAUUUUCGUGGUGGCCCCGGACGGCAAGAUCAUGUACAUCAGCGAGACGGCCAGCGUGCACUUGGGACUGUCGCAAGUGGAGCUCACCGGCAACAGCAUCUACGAGUACAUCCACCAGUACGAUCACGAAGAGAUGAACUCCGUGCUGCGGGGCGAGCUGACGUCGAGCGGCCAGCUGCCAGCGCCCAACUCCAACGGCGACAUCGAGAUCGAGCGGGCCUUCUUCCUGAGGAUGAAGUGCGUGCUGGCCAAGCGGAACGCCGGCCUGACCGCGCAGGGCCACAAGGUGAUCCACUGCUCCGGCUAUCUGAAGUUGAAGAGCGUGCCGGUUACGGGAAGUGCAAGGCCCGAAUUCGACGAGACGACGGGCCAACCGAAUUACGAGCUCUGUAACGUUGGCUUGGUGGCCGUCGGCCAUUCCUUGCCGCCAAGCGCCAACACGGAAAUCAAAUUGCACCAGAACAUGUUUAUGUUCCGGGCGUCGCUCGAUCUCAAGCUGAUAUUCCUCGAUGCCAGUGUGCCGCAGCUGACGGGCUACGAGCCGCAAGAAUUGAUCGACAAGACCCUCUACCACUACGUGCACAUGAGCGACUUAUUCCACAUACAGCAGUCUCAUCAAAUACUGUUGUACAAGGGCCAAGUGACGACUCGCUACUACAGGUUUCUCACUCGCUCGGGUGGUUGGGUGUGGAUGCAAUCGUACGCCACCAUCGUCCACAAUUCGCGCAGCUCCCGGCCGCACUGCAUCGUCUCGGUGAACUACGUGCUAUCGCAGACCGAAGCGAGGGACUUGAUCUUGAGCACCGAGCAGAAGGCCUCGUCGACGAGCCCUUCGCUGCCGGGCGGCGCCUCGGCGACCACGCCGAUGCCAAAGACGCCGCUGUCGGCGGUGUCGCAGGACGAGCCGAAGCCGCAGCUGCACAGCCCAACGUCACCUACGUACCGAGCGAGGACGGCCACGGAGACGACCGAGAGCUCGGAGUACGCGGACAGCUCGGGAUACGUGAGCUCCGAGUACAUGCAGAGUAUGUACAGCAUGACCUCGACUCCCGCGGCCUACACUCCGCAGGGUGCGGGCAGCGUGCACGACGAUCCGACCUACUACAGCUCGCCCGAUCUGUUCUACCAGUACGGGGGAGCUCACGAGCACAUGGCAGUAGUCCAGCAGCAGCAGCAGCAGCAGCAGCAACAGCAGCAGUCGCAGGCGCCGCUGAUGCACCCGAGCCCGAUGCAGAGCAUGCAGCAGCACAGCCCGCCGAGCCAGCCGCAGAGGAGGCCGUACUCGGCGUCCUCGUCGUCGUGCGGCAGCUCGGACGACACCCACCUGUCGAUCGAGGCGCCGCGGAGCGUCGGCAGCGGCAGCUACUACGCGCACACGCCGCAGCACCAGCAGCACCAGCCGCUGCCCCAGCCGCACCUGCUCGAGUCGCCCCAAAGCGUCGCGAGCAUCGACACCACCAUGUUCCCCAACUGCGGCUUCAACAAUUUCCUCAACGGCUACGCCAGUCCCGAGGUGGCGCCCGAGCCAGUGUCCCUCUCGCCGCACCAUUACCAUCAUCACCACCACCACCACCACCAUCACGCGCAUCACGUGGACGACAGCCACUUGGAGAUGCCGCUCUACGGCACGCCGCAGUACAGUCCAGGCUUCGUGCACUGACCGAUUCGUCGCCCAGCCUGAAUUUAAUCUGCGCCACCUUGUACAUAUGUAGCCAUACUAACGUUACCUUCCGCUCUUUCUUUCUGUACAUACGUGAGAGAACAGUUCACGCAUUUUUAGAGAGUAUCACGUUGUACAUGUAGCGGAUUUUCGUAUACAUAUACAUAUAUAUAUAGCUUAGUUCAGGAGAGAGCAAGUGUUUGUAAAUAUAAAAAGCAAUUCCGAAGACUGACCGGUGCUCGCACGACCAAAGAAGCGCGCGCGUAGCACGUUAACUUUUCUUUCGUUCAUUCUUGAAUGACACCCUAGAUACCGACGUAGGCUAAUUUAUCAUAAAUUUUUAGGUCGAUCGACGAUGAUACUUCGCACGUACGCAUGCGGAAAAGUACUGUGAGAUAUAUAUAUAUAUACACAUAGAGGGUAGGUUUAUAGCUAGUUAUUGAAUAACGAAAUAAAGUGUGUCUGUGAGAUUAUUGGGGAGUAGCGAGCGUCUUGAUUUUUGUCCGAGAGUUUAAGAAUCGCGUAUAAUUUUCUUUUCUUUCUAUUCACCGUUAUCUGACUUCCUUAAUCUUAAAUAAUUGACGGAUAAAAACUAGAUUUUAUUUCGGCGGGCCAGUUCUCUACCACGAGACCUUUGAUUUUUUUUGUUUUUUAGAUACCAUAUUAUAGUUGCAUCACCGAAUACAUUUUUAAUACAAAAAUUAAAUUAAAAAAUAUACACUCUUGUAAAAUACAUGCAGGAUUUAUUAUUUAACUUUAAGUGUAAAAAACGUGUGAAGUUUAUAAUAUAAAUAGUUAAUUAACCGAGCGAUAAAUUUUAGAGCGCGACAUUGUCCGAAAAAAAUAAAAAAGACCUUUGUAUAUAUUGUAAAAGUAUGUAUCUCAAUGCGCAAGUAACGGUGCCUAUACGCCGAAAAUAUAUCAUAUUUUCCUCUGAAACAACGGAUCUCUUUUUAUUUUCUUCCAUGUAUG